UGAACGCAUCGUGGAAGUUGGGUCAAGUCAUUAGCUCAUUUUCAUGUGAUCAUAUUUUCGUCUGUAACAUAAAGGGCGCCAAAUAUAAGAAGAACCCUACACACCUGUAUCUUAUAUAUAAACCCUACUCUACUUCCAUUACUGUCCAUCACCACAAGUCCUUCACUUCCCAAGAACUAAAUCACAGAGUCACAUAGACCCACAAAACUACAUUCCCAUUCUUGGAUCACCAAAGUUGUUGAAGAUGGUUUCGUACGAGUAUGUUUUGGCUGGGGUGUUAGUUUCUUUGCUGGGCUCUAUUUUCUUCAUGAUCAUCAGCUCGAUUUUGGGAGGAAAGAAACAAUUCGGAAACGGUGAGUUUCUGCCGGAAAUGGAGGAGGAGAAAACUACCGAUGUCAUCAUUGUUGGUGCCGGAGUUGCUGGUGCAGCUCUUGCUUACACUCUUGCCAAGGAAGGACGGCGUGUGCAUGUAAUUGAAAGAGACUUAAGUGAGCCAGACAGAAUUGUUGGGGAGCUGUUGCAGCCUGGGGGAUAUCUCAAAUUGAUUGAGUUGGGUCGUGAAGAUUGUGCGAAUGAGUCGAUUGAUGCCCAGAAAGUGUUUGGUUAUGCUCUUUACAAAGAGGGAAGGAUACAACACUGUCUUAUCCCUUGGAGAAAUACAGUUCAGAUGUGGCCGGGAGGAGUUUACACAAUGGGCGUUUCAUUCAAAGAAUGCGUGAAAAAGCUGCCACUCUUUCAAAUGUGAAAAUGGAACAAGGAUCAGUGACAACACUAAUAGAGAAAAAGGGCAUUGUCAAGGGGGUGAUUUACAAGAACAAAGCUGGAGAGGAGAUGAGAACAUAUGCUCCACUAGCAAUCGUGUGUGACGGCUGCUUUUCAAAUUUGCGCAAAUCUCUUAGUGCUCCAAAGGUAACAGUGGGGUACCUCAUGUUUAGUAUU